UCCGAGGUUUCGGCCAGGCCUUCGGGAGAUCGACACAGAACAGCUGGACCUGGGACCAGUUACCCCAGAGUGGGGUAUCUGCCUCAGAGUGGGCAAUGUCAUUCUUUUUGAACGUCCUGGUGAAGUGGAGAUGAAUGUGCAGACAUGCGACGUUUCCCCGCUGGGAGAAUGUGGAUCGCCUUCACAGGGUCAGGCUCCUUCAGACCCCCAGAAACAAAACCGGUACCGGUGUUCAGUGUGUGGAAAGGGUUUUACUUACCCGUCGCAUUUGGAGGUGCAUUUCCGAGUUCAUACUGGGGAGAGGCCAUUUGAAUGUCCUGUGUGUCAGAAGGGAUUUUUCAAAGUUACUUACCUAACACGACACCAGCGCAUUCAUACAGGCGAUAAGCCAUUUCAAUGCAGUUUGUGUGACAAGCGAUUUUAUCGGUCCUUUGAAGUAACAAGGCAUCAGCGGACACACGGUGGAGAGAAACCAUUUGAAUGUCAUGUGUGUAAAAGGCGAUUUUAUACAUCUGGUAACAUGGUGCAGCAUUUGCGAGUUCACACUGGAGAGAAACCCUUUCAGUGUACUCUGUGUAAAAUGCGAUUCUCCAGAUCCAGCAACUUGAUUGAGCAUCUGCGCACGCACACUACUGAGAAACCGUUUGAAUGUGCCUUAUGCAAAAAAUUGUUUCGAAACUCUGGUGGACUUGCAAAACACCAGUAUUUGCAUAGUGGCUUGAAACCGUUUCAGUGUCAGGUAUGUGGAAAGGGCUUUGUGCAACAGACUCAUUUGAUCAAGCAUCAAAGUUCUCACAAUCAAGAAAAGAUCUGAAACCAAUGGCACACGGAAAGGAAAUGCAUAGUUAACACAAAUCGUAUAUUAAUAUUCAUUGGCAUACAAAAAAAGGCUGACUGACCUGAAUGAAGUUGGAAAGACACACACAUUGAAAUGCAUGUGCAUACACUGAUGAACACAUAAAUUGGAUAAAGACUAAUGCACUUACAGCACGCAUUGAUACUGUCACAAAGACAUACGCAGCAUUUAAAAUUAUGGGGAAGGGUUGGACUUGGGGGAAUUUGAUUUGACUGGGAGGUACAUUCAGGAAUAUUGCAGAAUGUAGAGAAGGCCAUUCUGCUGUUUGUGUGCCAGGUCUUUGGUAGUUCCAUCCAAUCAGUCUCUGCACAUUAUUAGCCAGACCUUUCCCCCAUUAUUUUAUGCUUCUUUUGAGAAGGACAAUCUCGUUAGUAUUUUUGAUUUGCAUUUUAGGAUUUUAAAGCUAUGCAGUUUAACCUUACUCGUCGAUAUGGGGAUUAUAUCAAUGAUAUGUGCGUGUUGCAGCUGAAGCUAGCAUUUAUUGUUCAUCCUGGUUGCCUUGAAGGUGGUGGUGAACCCACCAUCUUUCAGUCCUAGUUCUGUUUUCAUAAGUUUUAUUAGACCACUUCAGAGGAGAAUUGAAGUUCAGUCAUAUUUCUGAAGUCAUUUGGGCUAUAUUUGAAAUUAUAGUUAUGAACCUGGCUGAUAUUUUUGCAUCAUCGUUAGCCAUGGAUGAGGUCCUGGAAGACUGGAGGGUAGCAAAUGGUGCCAUUAUUCAAGAAGGGCUGCAAAG